AUGGUCAAUUUGGAUACCGUCCACGCCAUCAAUCGCGAGUUGGUACAAAGCCAGAAGCUCGUCGCCGUCUUCACAGGUGGCACUGGAGGCAUCGGGCCUCUUAGCCUGAAGGCGCUAGCCACCGCCGUCGCGAAACACAAUGGGCAGGGUCUGAGAGCCUACCUCGUUGGCCGUAACGCUGAUGCCGCAGAGAAGAUCAUAAAAGAGUGUCGCGCCAUUUAUGAGGCGGGCGAAUAUCACUACAUAAAAGUCGAGGAUUUAUCACUCGUUGAACAAGUAGACAAGGCCUGUGUGGAUAUCAUCUCCUCUGAAGAGCGCAAUGCGUCAGCCACAGGCGAGACUGCGAGGAUCGACUUCCUCUUGCUAUCUCAUGGAGGGACCAUAUUUCUGCCAAGACAAGACACUAAGGAGGGUCUAGACGGGACCAUGGCCCGCUUCUACUACAGCCGCAUCGCAUUUAUCACGUCGCUCAUGCCUCUGGUCCUAAAGUCGUCGCUUCCAGCCGCCGUUGUAUCUAUCUACGCCACAGGCAUGGAAGGCAAGCUCUACCCCGAUGACCUUUCACUGCGCGACCUGUCUCACUACAACUAUUCGCAAGCGCGAUCACACGCUUGCUACAUGCACACUCUCGUUUUCGAGGAGUUGGCAAAGAGGCACCAGGGCAAGCUACGCUUUACCCAUAUCUAUCCCGGGCUCGUUGUCCACGAGGGCAUGGGUAACCCAACCAAUCCCUGGUGGAUACGCAUCCUAUUCACUAAGGUCCUGCCAUUUCUCGGCGUGGACGUGGACCUAGAAGAGUCAGGGGCUCGGAUGGUGUCGUUGGCAUCGCCAUCUUACUACCCGGCUCAACGUCUUGACAGCAUUGACGAGGUCAGCAGUUCUGCCAUUGCUGGAACCGAUGGACAACCUGGAAGUGGCUCGUAUAUGUUGACUUGGAAUGGUGAGAGCUGUUAUGCUGUGAAGAAAUAUGCUUCGGCGGACAAGGACGCGCUAAGGCAGAAGCUGUGGGAUCAUAGCAACGCCGUGCUGGAAGUUAUCCGCGCUGGUAAGGUUUUCACGGAAUGA